AUGGCCUCGUCGGAUCCUGUACAACCCCUACGUCUAUCCAAGAGCAGCUCUCCUCCCAAGAUGUCGAGCGCAAUUCCACGACCACUGUCUGAGAUUUCUCCUUCCGAGAAGCGAAGGAACUCUCCUAGUUGGAAGGAGGCGACUAAGAAGAUGGCCUUGAACACCGACUCGUCACCAUUCCAGAGCUCCCCGCUGGACGGAAAGGCCUCACCUCGGCUGUUCUGGCAGAGUAGGAACAACGAGAACGGCACAUAUGGCUCAGGCUCGCCGUCGCCAACCCGCCGAUCCUCCAUUGAGCGCCUGCAGAAGGCUUCACGCGUCAAGAACAGCAACAUCCUCGCCCUCGAGCAGAAGCAAGAAUAUGAUCCCACCAGAGUCCCUCAGGUCGAGCGACCCCUCUCGAAGGUCCAGGGCAACGCCUUCGGCGGCACAGGCAUUAGCGGAUAUCGCGACAACAAGGCUUUUGCCCACACCAGAUCAGAAAGCCAGACCAGGAUCCCUCAAUACAGCCCGACCAAGUCACCUCCUCCUCUGUCCGUGUCUCCUUCUUUGACACGCACUUCUCCACCCAACGGCCCGAGACCAGCAAGCAGGGAUCAGGCAUCCCCGACCAAGUCGUCUCUCGCAACAAGCCGGUUCAAGGGCAGUUUCGACCACGAUAAUGAGUUUAACUCCUCUGGGUCAUCCUUUGAAGAUCGUGAGCUGCCACUGGGAAUGGCCCUCCAUCGUCAUGCCAAGAGCGUCACAUUUGACGCCGCACCUCCUCAGGUCAAUGAGUAUGAAAUGGCCACUCCAGACAUUUCGUCCAUCGCUUCAAGUUCUCGGGAGGGAAGUAUCGACUCGGAAGACGAUGAAGAUGACGACGAAGAGGAGAACUAUUUCAUGGGUGCCGACGACCAUGAUGACAGUUUUGACGCGACUCUUGAGGAUACUGUCAAGACGCCGGUCGUUCUCCCCGACGAUUGGCGUCAGGACAUGGCAAACCCUAUGGAUGAGGUUCUUGAGGGCAGCCCCAUGCUCGACGGCUUUCACAACUUCCCUGCUGGGGAAAUCCCACAGCAUGAUCGCACAGAUUCACGCAACUCCAAUGGUGACCACCGGCCCCUGCCCCCCCUGCCCCCUCCUCCGGGAAUUUUCAGUGAGAGACGGAAUUCGAACUCGUCGACGGGCCUUUCUGCAACCGCGGAGAGGAUGAUCGGGUCCUCACGGACCCUUCCAUCGCCCCCUCCUGCUUCUUCAUUCUCCAAGUCUGACAUUCAAAACAUUGGCAAUGGCAAGAUGACGCUAGAAGAGCGACUUAAGCUCAUGAUGCUGUCUGAUGAUGGCAAAUCCGCCGCUGAGCAACAGCGAGAGCGAAGAAUGAGGCGCGCUGGAACUCGCGACCGGGCGGAUAGCCAGACUCCAGAAGCUGAGCUUCACGAUAUCGUUGCAUCGGCCGAGGAGGACGAUACACUCCCCGAGCUGUCAGGGCUAGGCGACUAUGAGCUUCCUGAAAAGAUCUCACGUGAAUCCAUCAUGCGUCGGGUGGAUGGCAAUCUGGCCUUAGAACGCGAGUCGGACUACAAUUUCUCUUCACCCCCACCAAGUUCACCUGAGCGUCCGCUUCCCCUGGACCCUGAUGUUCCUAUCCCCAGCACAGAGGACUCAGCGGCAGACGAGGGCGACCCAGGUGCUUACCUGAACCAUGAAAAUGGGGACGAUGAUGACAUGUCGAUCACAGACUACUAUCAACGCUCUGAGUCUGGAGUUGAAGACAUCGAAGACGAGGAGAAGGAUGGUGCAGAUAAGGCCGACGACUCCGAAAGCAACUAUUCCGGUCCCGACCUGCCACCCACCCCCCAGGAAGAAAAGACAGAGGAGGAGCAACUGACCACGCCCAGGGCUGCAUCUCCUACCCAGCAAGAGUCGUCAAUUGACACCAUCACGGAGAAGGAUCUCCCAGACCUUCCCGCCAACCCAAAGCACAACCCUUUUACUGACGACCUUCAAUCCUUCAUGCUUCCGAAACCCGAAGAAACAGAUGCUUCCAAGGAGGCUGAGGCACAAACCUUGCAGAGGCCAUUCGCGCCGAAGCUUACGCUGUCAAAGCCAGAGUAUGAUGGCUCCGGUUGGGGUGAGCCUGAUGAGGACGACGAAGAGCCUAAGACGCCAGACUCAGUCAUUCACCGCCCCUUGCCGUCCUACGACGACGAGGAGGCCCUGGAAGAGGAACGUCACUCUCCAGCAAUCCCUGAGACUGUUGCCACCAUUAAGUCUGCAGCUGGAUCAAGGCUGAAGACCCGUCCCUCUGCCACGCCCGCCGACAUGGCAGCCAUGAGAGAGCAGAGACGCCAAGUUAGCUGCGAGGUGCCUAGCGUCCCCCAGAUUCCCGACCGCCAUCGUAACCGCCUUUCACGAGACUUCGACUCCGAGCAGCAUCUUGCUCCAAGCGUGACGGGCGAUGAGUACAUGCAGCGACAUCCUAGUUUCAAGAGUCGUAGUCUCACCUUAGACCUUGACCUAGGUCUCAGUCUCGACCAGGACUUUGAGCGAGUGAUCGAGGCACAAAAGGUGGCUUUUCAACAAUUUUCCCCUCUUCAGUCUUCGACUACUCCCAGUCGGAAGGUCUCUAGACAAGCGUCUAGCGCCAGACUCACCAAUCAAGACUCAAUAAAUGCUAACAUCACUUCACGCAAACAGCGCGGCUACCUUAUGCGACAGAACACGAAGGUUGUUGCGGCGAGCGACAAAGACACCGAGGACUUGCGCCCUUCCACCCGCUCCGCUGGUAAUUCUCCAGUGAAGCAAACACGUCCCCAGUCCUGGACAGUUGAGCCGUGGAAUGGUCAGAUUAGGAAGAAGAGCCUCCGCAAGCGACAUACAAGCACUGGCCCCGUCCCUCCUUUGCCUGGCCAGGAAAGCAACGCAACCCCAAUGGGCACACUGGUAGAAGAGGACGCAUCUACGGAUAUAUCAGCCGAAGAGAGCGACGAGCGUACUUGGUUCAGCCUGACUCUCGACAACGGUGUACAUUGCGUUACUACCGCAUGGCUCGAGCUGGCAAGGAAUGCACCCAUCGGUCAAGAGUUCGAACUGGUCGUUCCCAAUGACCUGGAAUUCCAACUCACCCUAAAUGUCAAAUUGGAGAAGCCCCCGCCUCAGAGGAUGGCUCAAUCGCCUUCUUCACCGCGCAAGACCAAGACUUCGACCUUCAGCAGAGUUUUCGCGUCACCGAAGAAGCGCAAGGAGAUGGAACUGCGGCAGAAGGAGGAGGAUGAGCGGCUCGCUCGACAGCAGCGUGAGGCUCACGCCAGGAAGACUGCCGCCAAUCCCACGGCAUGGGACCUUCUCUCACCUCUGGCUGCCGAGGAUGGCAGCUUUGCACGUGCUUACGUCUGUCUCAAGGAGCAUGAGUCGAGAUGCUUUGGUCGUCCCUAUGUUGUUGACGUUGCCUGUUUCAACGAGUGGGCUACAGAGGAAGCUGGGUUCGCGUCCAGUGUGAAGAGCAAGCGAGGCAGUACCUCUAUUGUUCGCAAAGCCCCAUACAAGAUCGGAAAGCUCGAGCUCCAGCUCCUCUUUGUUCCAAGGCCGAAGGGAUCCACGGAUGAGGAUAUGCCUAAGAGCAUGAACUCGUGCAUCCGGGAAAUGAAGGCUGCUGAGGAACGUCGAUCCCGCAACUGGGAGGGAAACCUGAGCCAACAAGGCGGUGACUGCCCUUACUGGCGCCGCCGUUACUUCAAGCUUGUUGGCACAAAGCUGACUGCGUACCAUGAAGCGACACGCCAACCACGUGCCACUAUCAACCUGGCAAAUGCCAAGCGGCUCAUCGACGACCGUAGGGCAUUGACUGAGAAGGAGACCACCGGCAAGAAUGGGAAACGUCGCCGAUCAGCUUUUGCUGAGGAGGAAGAGGCUUACAUGUUCGUGGAAGAGGGAUUCCGGGUCCGAUUCAACAAUGGCGAAAUCAUCGACUUCUACGCCGACAGCCCCGAGGACAAGGAAGGCUGGUUGAAGGUCCUCGCGGAUGUAAUCGGCCGUGACAACUUCGGUAAUGACGAUGACGGUCUUGGUGGCUCUUCACGGGCCAAGGGCAAGUGGUGUGAUCUCGUCCUUAAGCGGGAGGACACGCUACGCCGACGAGCUGAGGGACGACGCCCUAGCCAUGGUCGGACCAAGAGCAGCCUGGUGUGA